AUGGCAAUGCCGACUUACAUGAAUCUGUUCAUGCUUGGUCAUCUAGUACCUGUCAACCGCCCAGCUCUUUCAGCCAUCUUAAAAUCUCGCGAACAAGGCUCUAAGUACCACUCGGACUACAUUACAGAGAUCGAAUACUGCGGAGAUAAAACGCCUUGUUUCGAACUAGCCCUUGGAGGACUGCCAGAAGGUGUUCGUUGGCGCAUUGGUCGAGGCUGCGAUGGGAUUGAACAUGCAGGAGUAGAAUUUCUACUGCGUACACAUGAUAGUGGCAUUGCUGGGGUACAUGCGAGUCUUGGCUUCUCUGCCAGAGAUCCUGGUCUCUUUCUCAUGGAACUUAAUGAUCAAAAGUUGGUUUGUACUGUCAAUGGGCGCGAUUCCUGCCACGGAAACCAGAUCAUUCCCCUUGAGAACACAAUCCUGAUCGGAGAUUCGUUGAAGGAACCCUAG